UCUCAACACGACAAGUUGUAUAGUUCUACGUAUUUUGUUUUUAUUAUCAAAUAAAAUUUUGAUCUCCAUAAAUAAAAGAAAAUAAACAUUUAAAGAAAUUAACUUAUCCACCGCCCAUGGACCGCAAUAAAAUUGGUGGGUCCAGGGGACCCAAACCCAAAAUCGGUGCUCCACACAUGGGCAGCGAACUAUUUGCAUUGGGCACAAAAUCUACAACAAAUCGCGAUGACAAAAAUAAGGUUAUGUCAGCGGUUAAAGGAGUCUCAGAUCGUAAACGAGAACCAUCCACUUCAUUGGGUAAUGUUGCAAAGAAACCCAAAUUAAGUGGAAGUAUUGGAAAUGUACCCCGUUUAUCGGGAGAAGGUAGUAGUAGUUCAAGUUCGGUUUUAGAACCAUGGGAACAGUUGGCAAUCGAAUGUGAACCGGUUGACUUGGUUGAGACUGUUUAUACUGCUUUAGAUCAACAAGAUUCAGAUUCUGUUGUCAGUUAUGUUUGUGGAGCAAUAAAAUUGUUAUCUUCUCAGAGAACUAAAAAUGAUAAUGUUCUUACGUUGGCUUUACUUUAUUUAGCCAAAUUGCGUCCGUCGUUGUUUUGUAAUGACAUUGUCACUUCGGCGUUGAUUUCGAUUCUUAAAAGAGAAAGUCAACAUUCUUUUAAGAGUCGAUCACAUCCUUUGGCUCACAUUGUUGCUUGCAACUUGUUGGCUAGAGGAUAUCACGAUAAACGCCAUUGGCCUGAGAUGUUUCUUAAAACUUAUAUCGACGAUGCGGCCAAUGAAAGAGUUUGGGCGGAUAAUGAGUAUUGUGCUCCAUUUGUUGAGAAUAUCUGUUUGGCUUUUAAGACUCGAGUUCCGCCAAAAAAUAUGCUCCAACCGGAACUGACGGCUCUUACUCAAAGAGAUGCCACGAUUGCAAUUGAUGAUGAUUCAAAUGACAAUUCAAUGCAUGGGGAUUCUUUGAAAGCCUGUGAUUUGAAACUCGAUUGUGCUUUGCAAAAUCGUUAUGGUUCGAGUGGUCACAUAGUUGAGAAAUAUGUAAUGGAUGCUAUAAAAGAGCAAUUGAACAAAAGACAACAACAAGAUUGUUAUACUAGGAAUUUCUUGAAGUUCCUUUGUACCACCUCUGGUUUUGGAGAGGUACGGUCUUUGUGUAUAACUCGAUUGGAAUUAUGGAUUCAUAAUGGGAAGUUAAUGAAACCAGCUCAGGAAUUAUUGACUUAUAUUUGUUUCAAUAUAACUGGUCAAACAAUUAAAGAUCAUGAGGUACUGGCUACAUUGGUUAAGAUGAGAUUGAAGACGAAACCUUUGAUUAAUGUGUAUAUGAUGUGUUUAAAAGAGAUGAUUCAAUUGCAACCUGAUAUAUUGCCGAUAACAUUGAAGUAUGUUGUUCAGAAUGAACUUUCAAAUGCGAGAAAUCCGAAUAAUAUGGGAAUGUUGGCUGCCAUGUUCCAAACUAAACCGGAUCAAUCAGCACGUCAUCUAGCCGAAAUCUACAAAGAAUUUCUAAUGCAACGCGAAGACUGUCUACGGACAUUGCGUGUCUUUCUUCGAGAACUUGUGCGAACGCUCCGCUACGACAUCAACAUAGUAGAAUUCUGUAAAGCAUUCCUCACCAGCCGCCCAGAUCUUACACCUCUUAUCCAACAAUCCGAAUACAAAGAUCGAAUUUUCCAUUCAAUGGUAGAUCUCACAUGCCUCUGCAUGUUGCUAACAGUCUCACCUCAAGUCCGUGAGGCAAAUGUUUCUCUACGAAAUGGACGUGAUAUGAAAAGUAAUCCAAUACUUUUGAAUUUCUACGCUCAAAUGUCUCAAAUUCAAUUGGAUGCACUCUCAUGGAUGUAUGAGUCAGUGCAGGUGAUUUUCAAGUUACCCGGUCUCGACUACAGUCAAGCUUUGCAUAAGAUUUUACUUCUAGAAAGUCCCGAACAGUAUUCAAAAUGCGAUCAAUGGCCACCAGAACCUGAACGAGUAACUCUGCUAAGAAUGGUUUCCGAAACUCCAAUUCAUGAAGAUUCUCUUUUGAGAAUUAUACUUAUUGGAAUAACAAAAGAGAUCCCAUUUACCAUUCCUGAUACAAUUGAAGUAAUUGUACUGGCUAUUAAAAGAGCUUCAGCACUCAGAAGCAUGGAUUGUCCAGCUGUCGAGGCCAAUAAGUUUGACAUUAUUGAUUUCCUCUUCAGCAUGGCAGAGUAUCAUCACCCAGAAAAGAUCAAACUUCCAGAAAACUAUGAACCACCAAAAUUAGCCAUUACAGUGUUGUAUUGGAAAGCUUGGAUCAUUAUGUUGAUGAUUUCUGCUCAUAAUCCAUCGACUUUUGGAGCUUUUUGCUGGGGACACUAUCCAACAAUGAAGAUGCUUAUGGAGAUGUGCAUUACAAAUCAAUUAAAUGAAACACCUGUUGCAAAGGAAGAACUUCAGCUUAUGACUCUUGAACGUGACCAAAUCAUCGAAUUUGAGACUCAUCUAGCAGCUCAAACCUCUCAAGCAAUCAUCACAGAAGAAAAUGCCAUUCUCAUAUCCCAAGUUAUGCUUAUGGAUCCAAUGGGAGCAGCCAGACGAGUACCUCCUGCAGUUCUGGAACAAUUAAGGCAUUUAAAUAAGACUCUCAAAUUGGGUCACCUGUUGUGUCGAAGUCGCAAACCAGAUUUGCUACUUGAUAUCAUCCAAAGACAAGGAACCACCCAGUCGAUGCCAUGGCUAUCAGAUUUAGUCCAAAACAGUGAAGGAGACUUUAAUCAUCUACCAGUUCAAUGUCUUUGUGAGUUUUUGCUCUCAAACUCGGCCACAAUCAGUGAGGAAAAUAGUCGAGAUGCAGAGCUCUUAAACUAUCUCAGGCAACUUGUAAAAGACCCGAAUUCUGAAAAGCAAACUGUUUGUGAAGUUUUGGAUUAUAUCUUUCGUCGUCUGGCUUCAACUGUGAAGCAGUCAAGGGUCUCGGCUUUAAGUGGAAUCAAGAUGAUUCUGAAAGUUUUCAAUACCACCGACGAGGAGGAAGAUUGGCUUCUAUGCUCGCUUCCCCAAGUUCCACAUUUCAUCCAUGCACGAGCUUCAAUUAUUCCCCAACUACGAGCUGCAUGUCAGAUUGAGAAUAAUCCGGAACUUCUUAUGGUUUACAUUCAAUUCAUUGCUGCUCACACUUUGCAUGAUCCGGUCACUGAUAUGCUUGACCACGUCAUGGACAUGGCUCAGUUGAUUGUCGAAAGAAGUACAAUGUUUCAACACAUUAUUCCGAUACAACCAGAUUCCCCUCUAGCUGGAAAGGUCUCGGAUGCAUUGGAUGAGUGCCGCUUACAGACACUUAAUUGCAUCUUUGUAAUGUUUAACAAUUACAUCAUAAAACUUAGAGAACAUCGAGAACCAUACGAAUGGACAGAAUAUCCAGAUUUGCUGAUGGUUCAUUUUGAUGAUGGAGCACAACUUCCAUUGCAUUUGAAUAUCAUUCAUGCCUUUGUUAUACUUCUUACACAUUCUUCGAUAACUCUACCCGAUUCGAUACCCAUUCUUGACUACUGGUUCCCUCAAGGGCGACCAGUUCCACAAGCUUAUCUACCAGAAACCAAUGAAGCUGUUCAAUUGCUUCCAGAUUGGUUAAAAUUGAAGAUGAUUCGAAGUCCCGUCGAAACUCUGGUUGAAGCUGCUAUGUAUGAUUUGACUCCUGAUCAGAUUGUUUUGUUUGUUCAGAACUUUGGUACACCAAUUAGUUCCAUGUCGAAGCUAUUGGCAUUGUUGGAUCGGGCUGUUAUUGAACAAUUUGAUGCAGUUAAGAAUGCCAUCUUAAACAAGGCCUAUCUGGCUCAAUUGAUUGAGAUUCAACAAGCUCGUGGAGCUAAAAAUGGACAUAUAACAGUACAGGCUUUGGAAUUGCAUUCACACUCACAAACUGUUCCAGAUCCACCCAAGACCCAAGUGAACACAAUGGAAUCUGUGAAUUUGGAUCAAUUCCAAGUUAUUGCACCAAUUCCAGAGAAAGCUGUUUCCUCUAGUUCAUCAAAGAGUUCCAAGGAAAUUGAAGAAAUUGUUGAAAUGGUACUACGAGCUCCAAAUCUGAACAAACUAAAUACAUAUCGAUUUAGAAAGCUUAUUCAUCAACUCUUGGAACGUGAUGGAGCAACACCGAAGGCAAAGAGAGAUAUGCAAAUCCAUGCCUCCAACAAGGCUUUGGUACAUUUAAUGCGACUUGUGGAGUCUCCUCGUGGACCUUGUUUCUUUCAGAAUAUAUUCCAAAAAUCCCACGCAUGUACAUUCUUCAGGGCACUUCUAACCUACAUCCCUGCUCAAUUGCAAGAUUAUGACUUUAUGUUGCAUGUAAUGGACAAGAUCAUUCAUAAUUUAAGUUUGCAACCGAAUUUGAAUAAUGCAACUCUUCUCCAAAUCCUGCAAGUUAGGAAGCAAUCAUUUUCGAAGAAGAUUCAUGCAGCUCCUGAACAGAAAUAUACCGAAAAAGAAAACUUCUUACAGCUUCUUCAUAAAGCUGGAGUCACUGAAUUGGAAUCAGAAGGAAGGAAGUUUGUCAAUGAUAUGAUUGAUUGCAAGAAAACAUCACAUUUAGUUGAUGGAAUCAUCACAACUUUACAAUGUUUACCAAAAUCUAGUGAUUUGACUACAAUUGGGUAUGAUAGGAGAGGGAUUCUUGUAGAUUGGUUGUCAGAAGUUGAUGCUGAACUUAUAACCGCUGACAAAGUUCUUCAGAUUGAAGUGAUGUUCUCGAGGAAUCGGGAUGAUUUUCGAUUUUAUUUGUUAUCAUUGUUGUGUCAUCAGGCUAAUUGGGAAACUCUCUAUGAGACAGUUAGUUACCUCCUCGAGAAGUAUCGAGAGAAUUUUGAUUGCAACUCGGUGUUGAAUUUCAUUGAGGCAUUAAUUAACAAUCCUAAACUGUGGCAAGGUCGAGAUAAGGCUGUUUCCAAGCAUGAUCAAACAGAAAUUAUUUUAGAAUUGGACAUUGAGGAGGGUAAAGUAUUCACAGAAUAUAUGCUGCAAGAGGGUGUACGAGAAAUGGAACUAAAUGGCCCAGAUGCCUAUGCCGAAAGACUAAGUUCUCGAAUGAAUUUGCUUUUGAAAGUUAUUCGGGAACCACGUUAUGUCCAUCUGCAAGCUUUGAUUGAAUUUGUUACUGAGUAUCCUUGUCCGGAGGGUUUGAAACUAAAGUUCAUUCAGCAAAUGUAUCUUAUGAAUCCUCCAAUUAAAUUUCUUCAAGACAAUGAACGUCAAGAGGUCUAUAAUUCUAAUUUGCAAGGUCUGAAAGGAUGUAAGGCUGACAAGGUUACCAACUAUUUAAUAACUUGUUUGGGAAAUUUGCAAUCAAAGAAGGACUACGAAGCUUUAUCCACUGACACUGAGUUGCUACUAAGAAAGCUAGCAGCUUCACAUCCAGCACUGUUCCUUCGUCAAUUGGGUGUUCUUUCAUCGCUUUUACAUGGCAAAGCUCAUAUGGCUUUGAGAGUUCUUCGUGAUGAACAUCAUAUUCAGAGAUUCAUUCAGGUCAUUCGAAUUCUAGAGCUUCUUCAACCAAUGCUUUUUGAUGAUGUUUAUAAAAUGGGUCUUCAAUCAGCUCUGGAGUGUUACUUUACAUUCUUUAAGCAUCACAGUCGGGCGAAGGAGGCAUAUCAUAUUUUAGUGAAGCUUGUGGAACUCUUGCAAGCCUAUAUCAAUACAAAUCCAUCGAGUGCUUUGAGUUUUAUUGAGCAAUACACUGGAAUUCUUCAAGAAUUGGCUGCGAAGAAUAGUCAUUUAGCUCAUCUGCAUCAACUUGUUCAGGGUUUAUCAUUAUUAAAGCACAAAGCUUCAGGAAGUGAAUUGAAGGAAGAUGAAGUUAAGCAAGAAUUUGAUUUAGAAGAAAAUAGUACUGAUAACAAAGAUGAAGAACCUUCAACAUCUGCGAGUGGAAGUGGUGGCGCUGUUGCACAACCUCAAGCCACACAGCUUGAUAUUGAGUCUCGAGGAGCGGCAUCGUUUGCUCUAGCUGGCCCCCAAAGUAGACAAUUACAAAUUUCCCCUCAUUUUAUGAACCUCAUUAAUCUAGUACGACAUUCGAGUGCUGAAGAAACUAUUUUGGGACCAUUACAAGAAAUCGAAAGUCUCACCUCGAAGAGAUAUUCUUUCCUGGGUGAGCUUUUUGAUCGCCUUUUGGAGUUGAUAUUUUCCCACAGUGCACAAAUUCGUUCAAAUGCCUAUAUUCUCCUAAUUCGUCAUUUAAAACAUCAUCCAGGACGACCUGAUGUCAAUCGCUGUGCGGUUAAUGCUUACAUUCAAUGUUUAAGAGAUGAUAAUUCAACUGUUGCAGCUACAGCUGUGGAUAAUCUUGUUGAAAUGACUGUUUUGUUGCAAGAAUAUGCUAAGGAAAUUUUAAGAGUAGCCUUUUCGUUGGGCAUAACAUCGCGUUUAAAUACUUGCACGCAAAUUAAGAAAGCUAUUCAAACUUUGAAACUUCAGCAUGGCUGUUAGAAAAUAUGAAGAUUUAUGGGACUGAGUGU